GUCAAACAUGAUAUCCAAUAAUAAUAAAAAGUAUAAACGACAAGCUUUAAGAAAGUUCUCUUAUGAAAAGAGAAUUCAAGAGCAACCACUUCAAUGGUUAUGUUGUGCCACCACUUUUAACGAUAAAGCCACUCUUGGUCGUCAUAUACACACCCAACAUGCUCAAGAUCUUUUACAACUUGAAUCUCAAUUGUCUGAAGCUGAACAAGAACUUGAUCGAUUAUCAAACUCACCAUUUACGAAAAGAAGAGCUGAGAAGGGAACAUCUGAUCCGAUCCAUGUGGAAUGUAACUGUGAUCAAUCACAACACCUAGUGAUUCUUUUUUAUCAAUAUGUGAACAUUAUGGAUCCUGAAGCAGUGGCCAAGUUACAUAUGGAAAAAUGUGGGACAACAGGAUGGAAUUUUACAGGCAAGGUACGAGUGGCAAAGGAAGGUAUGAAUGUGACUUUAGCCGGUGAUCUGGCAUGUGUGAAUGCUUAUAUGGAUUGGUAUACACAAGAUCUACAACAAUUCAUUGGUGGUGAGAUUGGUAAAACAAGAGAUGAUUUUUUCAAACCUUCCCUUGGAUGUCGACAUGUAUUUUCAGAUCAACUUUCGGUGAAAACGGUGGAUGAGAUCUGUCCUUUACGUCAAUCAUCCAUCACUUUACAACAACUGACACAACAGGAACAUCAACAACGCAAACUAUCACCACAGGCAUUCCAUACCCUCGCUUCUACUGUAAAUAAGGAAAUGGUGUUACUGGAUACCCGGAAUUAUUAUGAAAGUAAAAUUGGCCAAUUCAAACAUUCCAUUACUCCUCCUAUUCGCAAGUUUAGUGUAUUUCCUUCAUAUGUGGAUCAUCAUCGUCAAUCAUUGAAUGGAAAAACUAUUUUAACCUAUUGUACAGGGGGCAUCCGAUGUGAAAAAGCAACAGCAUACCUACGUCAAACUUUAUCGCCUGAUACACAAAUCUACAUGUUGGAUGGUGGGAUACAUCAGUAUUUGAAUUGGGUGAAUCAACAUCCAGAAGUGAACUCCAUAUGGCAAGGCAAGAAUUAUGUAUUUGAUGCUAGACAAGGUGUGGCUUUAAAUGGAGGAGAGAUCAUCAGUGAAUGUCAAGUGUGUCAUACUCCUUGGGAUACCUAUCAAAAGUGUCAAUCUGAACAUUGUCAUUUAUUGAUCCUUCAUUGUGAUUCUUGUCGUCAAAACUCAGGGAAUAUAUCUUUCUGUUGUGAUGAUUGUCAAUUUGGGAAACAUCUACGUGUCAAUGGUGGUGAUGGUAUUUGUCCUUGUGAAAAAACCCGGAAAUCUCAAGAACUACAUCCAAUUCCUCUAUAACUUCCUCAAUUUUUUAGUCAUAGAUUUUUUUUUUUUUAUUAUUAUUCCCCUUGUAUUUUUUUUUUCCCUCAUCAACGCUUUAUUGAUGAAUAU